AUGGGUCUCGACGAUGCGACGCUCGGGCUGACCAUCGGCAGCGCCGAGGCUGUCGCUCUGGCGACAGCGACAGCGACGACACAUUCUUCGUACGUUCAGCGUAUCCGCAAGUCCAAGGUGCAUCGCGGGAAGCCCCAUCUGCCGACACCAUCGGCAACACCGCCGCCACGGGUUGUGCGGCGCAAGGUGCAACCGCCUCCCGUUGAUGAGCCCGCGCUCGAGGACGAGCCGAGCUCGAUUGAGAUUCCGGGGCCGAGCUCGAACCUCGUGCACCGUGUAACCCUUGUUGACACCAUCACGCAGCGCAAGCGAGUUGGAGGCAACCUUCGCUCCGCCAGUACAUCUGAAAUGACGUCGUCCAGCAACCAAACGACCGAGUCACCGCAUUUGCACCGAUCCCAGAGCGACCACCUGCCGUACGACGACGACGACGACCCGUUGCCACCACCGAGUUUGCAGUUGGCGUCACCACCCCGACCACCCACGGCGCUACCUGCCACCGUGCCGUUGAUCGACCUCAGCCGUGGCUACUCGCGCACCAACCGUGCGAUUUGGACAAGUGCGCAAGCCAAAGCCAAGCUUCCGCGGGCGACACCACCGCGCUCCCUCGUCUUGUCCGAUGGUGCGGCGUCCGUGCACUCGGGCGACGUCACGUCGUCGCAGCUUGUGGCGGAAAUGGACGUCAUCAAGUGCAUCAUGGUGCGCGAAGCUCUCUUGGAGCGCUUCGGGCGGCUCGUAACUCAAAUCGAUGAAGCGGUUCUCCAUGUGCGCGCCGCUGUGACGCCGGCGCCGAUCAGCCGGCGGGCGAGCCACACGUCUGAGACGCUCAUGUCGUUGGAGACGCCGCCACCACCUAGUAGCAAGAAGGCGAAGCGCAAGGCCGAGCUGCAAUCGCUCGUCGCCAAGCGCGACGCAAGCGUCCGGAAGCUACAGCGCGCGAUGGCCGACCUCGUUCGCGUCCUCCCGACCUUUCAGCGAGCGACGAUCGACGUCGUGCUGGCCAUCGAGGCGUGGACGAUACUGUUCGAGACGCCGGUGCGGCAUGCACUGCGAGGCUCGCCACCACGCCGACAGCCCUUUGUCUAUAGCGGCAUCAACUACCUUCUCAAGAUGCAGUCGGACGUGCGACCACUCUUCCUAGGCCUCGCGCUGCGCUUGCUGCUUGGACGCGAGGUGCAGCCGCACCCGCUCCUCCUGCCAUGCGACAAUAGCGCCGGGUUCACGACGUUUCUGACGGACGACGAUGUCGGUAGCUAUGCGUAUACGAUGGAGCCGCGUGUGGCCGACGCCAUGUACCCGAUCAUUCUUCCGUUCUUGAGCACGAUCCCCUUACCGCCUGUGAAUGGCAUCAACACCAACGACCCCAUCGUCGCCGCCGCAAUCGACCGCCUUCUGGACGAAGACGCGCGGGUGGCCGAAGACGACAGACUCGCGAUGGAGCGCCGAGAUGCGUAUGUGAGCUCGUACGAUCCGUUCACGAGCAUUCGCCAACACGAGUCGGUCGACGAUAUCUUCAACGAAGUGCUGGAUACGUCCAAAGAGACAGUUCUAAAGCGCAAGAUUUUGCUGCGCGCCAAGCAAGAAGAUCCGGCGCGGCUGCCGCCAGCUCCGGCCUCUCAAGCGACUGCACUCCGCGUCAAUGUGCAGGAGCUAGCGACCAAAGACGCGGCCAAGCGCGAGGCACUCACAGCGUUUGUCUCGACUAAACAACGCGGACGCGGCCACGUGCUCGUGCGGCGACCACCCGACCCGACGCGCCAGCACCCACUGCAACCGCACGUGCUCAAGAUCCAGGUGCAGUACCGCCGGUUCAAGUCCCGCCUCGCCAUCUGCACCCAUCUCAUGCGGUUCUUGCAACGUGCGCACGACGCCGCGACCAACAUUCAGCGGGUUUACCGCGGGCAUUGCGCAAAAGGCGUCGCCACCACGAUCAAGAACGAGCUUUUGGCGAGAACGUUCCUCGUGUUCCGGUCUGCACGCAAGAUCCAACGCCAGUUCCGCAUGUCGCAGGCCAUGAGCUACGAACGUGCCAAGCAGCAGUACCUCGAGGCAACGCGCCGCAAGGUCCAGCAAGACGAGGCCAUGAAGGAAGGCAUGGAACGCAAGAUGACCGAGGUGUACCGCGCGAUGGGCCGACAGCGCCGCCUUGAGCGGCUCGCACAGGCCGAGCGCGCCAAGGCCGAGCACUUGCGGCAGCUCCGCCUCAAGACGCGCGCUGCGAUUGCGAUACAGAGCUGCUACCGCGGUUUUGAGCAGCGCCGAGCGCUUCAAACCAUUCGCAACUCGGCGCUCCGGGCACUGCAAACGACGGCAGUGGUCGCGAUCCAGUGCCUUGCGCGCUGUCUCCUCGCCAAGAUGCGGCUCAAGCGGCUGCGCUACGACCGGGACAUGGCGCUUGUCCAUCAAUCGGCGACGGCCAUUCAAGCGGCGUUCCGCGGCCACCUCUUGCGCCACCGGUCGCGGGCGGCCAAGAGCCGCAAGAAAUCGAUCUACCGCCGGUCGCCGGGCCGUCGGCGUGCAUCGAUCGCACCGGGGGCAGGUGGGCUGCCGCCCGUGGCCAAGACACCAGCGCCGCCCAAGCGCCCGCGCCGGUCCUUGCUUACCGUGCCGGCCGAGCUCCAGAGUCCGCGCGACUACCUCCCACCGCUCCGUCGCCCGUCCCAGUCGACAAAACGCGAAGAACUCAAACUCAAAGAACCAACCAUCGGCGAUACGUUUUGAGUUGACUCCUAAUAAUAUUAUUAUUAUUACAAUCGCG